CUGUUGACGGUGGUGUUGUGUUUAUCUUAACCUUCGCGCAGAAAAAGGAAUAUAAUUCUGUUCAAAGUCUCUAUGUUCUAAUGACGUCGGAGUCAGGAUGAUGGAAUCGUCCAAAAGAAACAAAGCUGACUGCUGCAAACAGGUAGAACCUGAGGAUCUUAAGAGGGGCCUCUCAGCAGAAUUCAGUGCUUUGUCACAUUCACAGCAUUCUGUCACUGACGAGAGAGAACACCUGAAGGUUUACCUCCGCAUCCGACCCUUCACCUCUGCAGAGAAAGAAAAUGGAGACUCGCAGGAUUGUGUGGCCAUCCUCCCACCAGACAAAGUCCUGAUGAAACCUCCCAGUUUUUUGUCAGGGAGGCUCAGCAAUGACAGAAGUCUUCCUCAGACUGUGCAGCGCUUUGAGUUCUCUCAGGUUUAUGGUCCAGAGACGUCACAGAAGGAACUAUUUGAUGGGACAGUGAAGGACUUGGUCAGAGAUGUCCUAGAGGGGGGGGACUCACUGCUUUUCACGUACGGCGUCACCAACGCUGGAAAGACCUUCACCUUCGUAGGUCCAGAAGCUGAUCCAGGGGUCCUGCCUCAGUCUCUUAGUAUGAUCUUCAGCAACAUCAAUGAGCGGAUCUUCACCUCCAUGAGCAUCAAACCUUACCAGUGCCAAGAGUUCAUGAAGCUCAGCAGAGAGCAGCAGGCUGAGGAAGAAGUUUACAAGAGGAAGCUACUGGGACAACACAAAGAGAGUGAGAAGUGUAACAUCAGCCAGCUGACCUCAACUAAUAAGAUCAUCAUGGAAGGGUCUUUCAUUGUUGGGCCAACUCCAGCAUCAGAGAACAGACUGAGCCUUGAUGUAGAGACCCACACUAAAUUCUCAGUUUGGGUUUCUUUUUGUGAAAUUUACAAUGAGAAUAUUCACGACCUGCUGGAGGCAUUGCCCAGUGGCGGCCUUAGGAGGACUGCUCUCCGCCUGUCACAGGAUGUCAAGGGCAACGCCUUCAUCAAAGAUCUGCGCUGGGUUCAGGUGAACUCUGCUGUGGAGGCUUACAAGGUGAUGAAGCUGGGUAAAAAGAACCAGAGUUUCUCCUCCACUCGACUCAACCAGCUGUCCAGCAGAAGUCACAGUAUAUUCUCCAUUCGCAUUCUGAGGAUCGAAGACGACAGCACUCCGAGGGUCCACUCAGUCAGCGAGCUGUGUCUGUGUGACCUGGCCGGAUCGGAGCGAUGCGCCAAAACCCAGAAUAAUGGAGAGCGUCUGAAAGAAGCUGGAAACAUCAACACCUCGCUGCUCAUCCUGGGGAAAUGCAUCAACGCACUGCGAUACAAUCAGCAGGCAAAGCUGCUUCAGCACGUUCCCUUUAGGGAGAGCAAGCUGACCCACUACCUGCAGGGGUUUUUCUCCGGCCGAGGUAAAGCCUGCAUGAUUGUCAACAUCAACCAGUGCGCCUCCAUGUAUGACGAGACGCUCAACGUCCUCAAGUUUUCCGCUGUGGCACAGAAGGUGAUAGUCCUGAGCACAAAGACUCUUGCCGUCACACCUCAGGGGUGCACCACUCUGCUGUCAAACACAAAUGGGGGAGCUCCUUCAGAAGGUGCCCGGAGCUCUCCAAUUGGCUGGGAGAGCAGCCUGGAGGAUCUGCAGGAGGAAGAAGGAAGUCUGCUGGAGGACACUGUGGAGCAGAGCAGUGAUGAAGAAAAUUAUGAAAUUGUCAUUAAAAAGAGAACAUAUCAGGAUCAGAUGGCACGUUUGAGAGCGCUGGAGGAAAAAUUGAAGAAGGAGCAAGUGGAGAGUCUGCUGAUAGAGGCUCGGGUCAGAGAGGAAGUCAGCAUCGAGUUCCAAAAGCUCUUCUCUGACAUGCAGACUGAUUUCAUUGAACGUCUAGAGAGAGAGAGAGAAAUCAUGCAGGAGCGAGCUGACAACAGGCUGGAGAUCUUCAAAAAACUUGUGGAGAAAGUAGCCGUUGCCGGGCCGAGUGAAGAAGUCAAAGCUAUGGUAACACAUUUUCUCUCGUCUGCUUCCCAUGACUUGAUGGAUAUAAAGAAGGUGGCUGAGGCAGCGCUCAGAGAUCUGGGUUCAGCCCACCCCGUGGUUAAAGGAGGCAGGGCAGAUCCUCUGGAUUUUUUGGAGGACCUGUGCAGGAAGUUACUGGAAGUGAAGGAGAUGCAACAGAACCAGAACCUGUCAGAGGAUUCUGGCCACAAAGCUUCUGAUAAAGUCGUUAUGUAUGGUUCAUGUGAAGAGGAAGCACCGAACGCCCUGACGGAGGCAAGGCGACUUCAGGUGACGCACCAGACAUCGAGAGCUGAACAAGUCAUAGUCGAACAAGGUGCAGCCCAGGAGCAACUGAACCAGUGCUGCAGAACCAUCCUGGAUAAAACUUCCCAGAUCCACAUCUUAACCAAGGAAGUUCAGAGCCUGAAACAGGAACUGCAAAUUGCUGCAGCAUCAUCGGAAACCUUGAAUUUACUGAAGGAAGAAGUUUGUGACUUGAAGAAGAUUCAAGCUGACGAAACUGAGAGGUGUGAGAGCAAGCAGAGAGAAAUCCUGCAGCUGGAAAAGGAACUGGCACAGACAAAGGAAGAGUUUGUUCACAGACAGGAGAUGUCAAACCAGCAGCUUCAGCAGAUCACACAGCAGCUGAAGCACCAAGAGGCUUUGUGGAAACAGGAAGUAGAGGAGCUCAGUAAGAAGGUUCAAGAGCAAGAAGCAAUUCCACAAAAGCAAUUGGCUGAGCUUGAAACCAAACUCAAAUGCAAGGAGGAGGAAUUACAGCAUCUGAGAAGACAACUGGAGGAACAAACGCUGACGUCAGAGAAGCUAACUGAGCAGCUGAAGCACCAAGAGGCUUUGUGGAAGCAGGAAGUAGUAGAACUAAGUAAGAAGGUUCAAGAGCAAGAAGCAGUUCCACAAAAGCAGCUGGCUGAGCUUGAAACCAAACUCAAAUGUAAGGAGGAAGAAUUACAGCAUCUGAGAAGACAACUGGAGGAACAAACACUCACAUCAGAGAAGCUAACUGAGCACCUGAAGCACCAAGAGGCUUUGUCGAAACAGGAAGUUGAAGAACUAAAUAAGAAAGUUCAGGAGCAAGAAGCAAUUCCACAAAAGCAGCUUGCUGAACUUGAAACCAAACUCAAAUGUAAGGAGGAAGAAAUACAGCAUCUGAGAAGACAACUGGAGGAACAAACACUGACGUCAGUGAAACAAAUAAAAGAGCUCAAUGAGAAGCUGAGGGAACAAGAACUGACAUCACAGCAGCAUUUAAAGGAGUUGAGUGAACACAAAACUGCCUCUGAACAACUCCUGGAAGAUCUCAGGCAACAGCUAACUGAACAAAAGCAGACUUCAGGUCUGCCGAAGGUUGAACCGGAAGAAGCUAUACUUCAGGUUGAGACCGACAGUGCUGUUGACAUCCUCAGGAGGAAGAAUGCUGACCUCCACACUGAGGUCUCAUCCUUGAAAGAAAGGUUAGACAGCAUGGCAGCAAAGAACAUUAAUCCUACUGCGCCCAGGUUUGAAGAUCUUUCAUCUUCUCUGCUGUCUAGCAGAAUGGCAGAGAUGGAGCAAAUGCUGAAAGAAACUGAGAAUAAGCUUGCAGAGCGAGAGGCGAUCCUCCAGAAAGAACUCUCAGAAAAGGAGGCGCAGGUCACAUCUCUGCAGAAGUGCCUGAAAGAGGCACAGGAGAAACGGGAUGUUGAAGAAAUCCAGGCAGUACAGAAGACCCGGCAGAGGGAGGUGGAACACCGUCGGGAGCUGCUGGCGGUGGCACAUGAGGCAAUCGCCCAGAAGGAUGCUGAGCUCGAGAAGAGAGUGGAGGAGAUCCGCAGACUGAAGGAAAGUACAGAGCAGGACUCUGAGAAAGUGAAAAACCUCAGUCUUGAACUUCAGAGGAAAGACGACGACAUGUCAGACCUCAGAGAGAAACUGGCCGACUACAAGAAGCAGAUCCAGCAAGUUGAGAAAAAGAUUUCAGCCACAAGAGACGAAGAGAAGACUUUAAGGCAGAAACUAUGUGAUUUAGAGAAAACCAAGAAGCAGCUUCAGGCUGAUGUGACGAACAGGGACCGAACCAUUCAGCAACUCAAGAUGGAACAGCAGUCUGAUGCAAAGACUGAACAAAAGCUGCAGCUUCACCAGCAGGCUUGUAAAGAGGGAGAGGCAAAGGAUCGUGUGAUUGCAGACAUGCGUGCGGCUUUGAUGGAACAGGAGGUUACGCAGCAGCAGAUGGACGAGGUCUUGGAGGAGAAACAAAGUCUCAUCCAGGAGCUCACCAACGAAGUGGAGAAGCUGAGAGGGAUGCUGACGCAUCAGGAGAGAGACGAGGAUCUGCUCCGCCACACAGCGGUUGAAUCGAAUGAUGUCAGACUGACCCAGGCUCAGGAAAACCUGAAGCUGUGCAAAGACAAAUAUGAGGCAGAGCGCCUCCUGUGGGUGAAGGAGAAGCUGUCUCUGCUUGGCCAAGUCAAAGAGGCGGAAGACAAACGCAACAAAGAAAUGACCACGUACGCGAAGGACAGGAAGUGCAACGCUGAGCUGCAGAGUCAGAUGAAAUCGUUGUUGUCCCAGCUCACUGAGAAGGAGCAGGUGAUGGAGAAGUGGAGGACUGAGAGAGACACUUUGGUUGCAGCUCUUGAAGUCCGGAUCAAGAACCUUUGGUCCAACCUGGCAGAGAAAGACAAACUUAUCCAGGAGCUGAAUCAGAACAGCACACAGCCGCCACAAGAGGUUAACUGCGUCAGUGUCGCAGAGCUGCAGGCUGCUCUGUCAGACAGGGACAAUGAAAUCCAGAGACUAAAGGAGCUCCAGGCCUCGACACCUGAAUGCAGGGAAGCAGCCACACAAACUCAAAGCAUCGUGCGUCCUGCUGCAGAGGGACACAAAGAUCCCAAAGAAAGUCGAAUUUCUGGAGGGAAGAGGUGCACCAGAGCGUCGGUCAGCAGUCAUGGCUCCUCCCGCUGUCCUUCUGUGCUGGACGCUUCAGAGAUUUCCACAGAGAACGGCCGGACGAGCCGCUUUCCCCAGCCAGAGAUGGAAAUCUCCUUCAGCCCUCUGCAGCCUAACCGCAUGGCUCUGCGGCGCCAAGGCGAGGACAGCUCUGUCACCGUCAAACUCAACCGCCCGUCACGCAAGAGAAAGAGUGCCGAGCUGAUGAAGACCUACAUUUUUAGGAGGCGUAAAGGGCAAACAGCACAAGAGGAAGACGUGGAGGCAGAGAACAGAAGGAAUAUCAGACUGGUGCGGAAACAGACGCCACACCAGGACGAGAGCUCUCCCUCCGCCAGCAGUCACGACUCAGUGGGUCAAACCUGCAGCCGAAAGGAAGGGACACUGCAGAAGAUUGGAGGCUUUCUGCAGAGCUCACCCACGCUGCUCAGCUCCAAAGCCAAGAAGAUGAUGAAUCUGGUCAGCAGUCGAAGUGAAGAGUCGUCCGGCUCCUCGUCGUCCCUCAGCCUGAGACUCAGGAGCAAGAAGAAACCUUACAGACCUGACAUCUCCUCACCCAUGGAGGUGCCCCCACACCUGAUCAUAAACAGAGACCUCGAGCAGAACGACAGCGACCACGAAACCAGCAAGAAACGCCGUCGCAUCAAAAUACCAAAAUAAACCUCCAGUGUACUUCUGCACAUUAAAAAAACACACACACACUGAUACGGCCCCUCACACCGUGUGGCGCGUGAAUGCUCAGAGCGCAGCUUUGAGACGCUGUUUUUUUUUUGUUUUUUUUUAUCUGCAAAAUGUUAAAUUUAUCAACAUACAACAGUUCAGUUUAUUGGAUGGCGUAUAAAAGGAGUGCGCUUUAGUUUGAUAAAUGGUGGGUGGUGCACCGAGGUGGGUUUGCACAAGUUAACCCUGCGACAGUUUCUACGCACACAUCAUUCCUUUCUGCACACGUUCUUUUUAUAAUUUCUUUGCAGUGUUAAAUUUUGGUGUGCUGUUCCACACUUAGUUUUUAAAAUAAUUUUUCUAAACAGCUCCAUUGUUUCUCGUGACACUACAGCCACACAUGGCCCAUCAAAAUGGGUGGGGCUAGAGGCUAUUAUUGCAGCACUUAUAGAUGUAAACAUCCAAUGUUAGCACAAAAUGUUCACAAAAGGUCAAACUUAAGAGAUACUGUAACAAAAUUUCACCACAUAAAGCAAAUGUACUAAUCCAACUCAUCUGGAUUUAAAUCAACUUAAAUUUACAGACAAAAUGCGAACGCAAGCGACCUGACAGAGCGCUCGGUAAACAGGAAGCUGCAUAAAGUACGCACUCUGAGUCUUUACACACACUUUAUACACUGAAAUGUGCAAUUUAUUUAUUUAAGUGCUGUAGUUUGUUUAAUUUUUUUCCCCACAUCUCCUAAACCUUUAUUGAUCGUUAAUCUGGUGCUGUGACGUUUCUCGCUGCGAUCCUCCGCAGUAGCUGCUGAGCUGUUAAUGUACUUUUGUGUGUGUUUUUUUAUCAUCAGUUACCUGUUCGGUGUGAAUUUAUUUUUAAAUGGCUGCGAUCCUCCUCGUUAAACUCCUGUGCUUUGUGUUUAUCAUUUUGAGGUAAUAAAAGUUCAAACUCUGAUGAUCAAAACACACGAUCAGUUAAAGCGUUGCUGAUUUUACUGAAUACUUUCUGAUCAAACUGUUUUGUUUCUUUCUCUUUUUUUGUAACGGUGAAUAAAUUUCCUAAAAAUCUGUGACCUUUAUCACCACUUUGUUUUAGAUGAAGGAGCUGCAAAAUAUUAUUUUUUUUUUAAACAAUAAAAUUAUAUGAACCCUGCA